AUGAGCUUGCCUUUCUUAUUGUAUUCACAGGCCAAUAAGCCAAAUUGCAUCCUCACUAUUGGCCAGAAACCAAAGGUAAGAAUAAUUCUCAACAAAAGGCGUAGCAAUAUUAAGGGUCCUCUCUGCAAUUUCUUGUUUUUAAUUACAAAAGCCAAAAGCAUUAUGAGCAAUAUCGAAAAUAACACCAAACCCAAACAAAAGUAAAAGAUGGUGAGGUAGGUUCUGAUUCCCAGAUUUUUUACAGAUAUUGUUAUAGUAAAAUACCUAUUUCAUAUAUGAGACUUACUUCAAUAGGAGGUUGA